UACGCAAUUGUAGAAUGGGCUUUAGGAUUUACUUGCAGAUCCUUAACCUAAUAUUUUUCACGUGUAGUUUUAUAUCAUUUGUUAUGUUGUAUUACUUUGAUGUAAUAUGUUAAUAACUAUACUCAGAGGAAAAGCAUUAAAGAAAAUAUGAAUUUGUUUGUUAUAAAUAGAUAUGAAGGAGAAAGCAAAGAGGAAAUUACAAAUGAUACUGAUCAUCUUUCCAUUUUGCUGAAAAGGAUAGCUGAGCGUAAAAGACAAAGGUCUGCAAAAAACAAUGAAUUCAUAUCAGAAGAUGUAGAUAAAAGUAAUUUAGAAAAAUCUAAGAAAAAGAAGGAUAAGAGUCUGUCUGAAGGAAAGGGAAUUAAUAAUCUACAUAUUAAAGACAAAAGCAAGUACAAUGAGGAAAUCAAUGAACAAUCUUCAGAAAUAGUAGAAGCACAAAUAAAAAGUAAAAAGAGAAAGAAGACACAUAUUGAGAAUGAAGAUUAUUCUCCAGUUGAACAUUUAGUAACACAGGAUCAGCAAUUGGAAAGAAGAAAUGAAAAUUUAGAGAAUGAAGAAGAAAAUAGUGACGAUAGAAAUAUUAAAAAGAAUGAAAUAUCUUCACAAAGCAAUUUUAUGAUAUUAGGGGCGAAACCUCAGAAGAAACAACACGCUAUUAAGCGAGUAUUACCAGAUUGGUUGGCACAUCCUGAAGUUAUAUCUGCUGACUUAAACAGUGGACCUAAUAUAGAGGACUUACAUUCUAUCUUAGAUUAUAAACUGAUAGAAAUCUUAAAAGCCAAUGGCAUUGUUAAAUUGUUCCCAGUUCAAUCUAAUGUGAUAAAAUGGUUGCAUACAUGCAAUAAAGAUAGAAGAAUAGGUUGGUGGUUGAGAGACACUUGUGUAUCUGCUCCUACAGGCAGUGGCAAGACUUUGGCUUAUGUAUUACCAAUUGUCCAGCAAUUGCAGACACGACUGGUACCGAAAAUCCGCUGUCUGGUUGUUUUGCCGGUACGAGAACUUGCCGCGCAGGUUUACAAAGUGAUGGUCACCUACACAUCUCACACAAGUUUGAAAGUCGGCCUACUCUCGGGUACUUCUUCGUUCGAACAGGAGCAAAGCAGUAUAAUUAAGAAAACUGAAAGGGGAAACUAUCUAUCUACAGUAGAUAUUGUGAUCGCGACGCCUGGACGUUUAAUUGAUCACAUAUUAAAGACACCUGGAUUCUGUUUGGAUUUUCUAAGAUUUCUUGUUAUCGACGAGGCUGACCGUGCGACAGAAUGGCUGCAGUAUCUACCGGAGUUUCAUUCUCGGACUCACAGAUUAACGAUUGGAAACAUACAUUCAAGUGAAAUCGCACCGGCUCAAAAGCUGUUAUUCAGCGCUACUCUGUCUCAAGAUCCCGAGAAGCUAAGUCGAUUGAGCCUUUUCCAACCUAUAUUGUUCACUACGGUUGUAGUGACAGAUAAGGACACCGAUGUGAAUUUGGAUAAGAUCGCGGGCAAUUUCAUUGGACGUUACACGAGUCCGGGAGAAUUGACGGAACUCGCGGUGGAAUGUGCCGCUGAGUAUAAGCCAGUUGCCUUGUAUUAUCUAUUGACGAGGCACGACACGAUCUCUAAGACUCUAGUUUUCACGAAUUCCGGAGAUACCGCGCAUAGACUGGCUCUCCUGAUUCAAUCACUUCUGUCGGAACGGAAUGUCACAGUCGGCGAAUUAUCUGCUCAGCUCAUGCCUAGACAACGCGAAAGUGUCCUCGGUAAAUUCGCAAGCGGAGAAAUACACGUAUUGAUAAGUUCGGACGCGUUGGCUAGAGGUCUGGAUAUUCCGGAUGUACAAUUAGUUGUAUCUUAUGACGUCCCAAAACACAUCAAAGGAUAUAUACAUAGAGCUGGCAGAACUGGACGGGCAGGAAAGCCGGGCACCGCAGUAUCUGUGCUUACAGCGAAUCAAGUCGGGAUAUUUAAGCAAAUGUUAACUGGCGCGCACAAAGUUGUGCCAAACAUUGAGCGAAUAGAGCUGAAUGAUACGGCGGAUACGAUGAACUAUCAGAGUCACGUUGAGAAAUUGAAGGAGAUUCUUGAAAAAGAGCGAAAUGAGAACUUGGAACGGACGAAAGCCAUUAAGCGAAAACGUGUGGUAAACAGACAAAAUGAAAAUAAAGAAUGACAUUUGAUGAGUAAAGAUA